AUGAUGGUGUAUGCCGACCCCUUCCACUCCUAUUAUAUCGCGAUUGUAACGGUCCUGCCACCAGGAAUCGCUGCUUUUGCGGAGAAGAAUGGCAUCCAGAAGGAAUGGGCUGAGCUUGUGAAGGAUCCCAAGAUUGUCGCAGAAGUUCUAGCAUCCUUGCAAAAGGAAGCAAAAGGCAACAAACUCGCAAAGUUUGAAACACCACAAAAACUAUUCAUUGAAGCCCGACCCAUGGUUGCCCGAAAGCGGCUUAGUCACCGCUAG